AUGCGGCUGUUGUUUAUGAGAAUCAUUGAUGGAAAGAAAACAUCUCGUAAAUUCUCCCUUACGGCUAAUUCCGGCGUGCAGGAAAUGAUGACUUGUAGUCGUUUUUGUGUCGGCGAAGUUUACCACCAGCCGAGAUCCGGCUUUAGCUCAUACCCCUUCCUUUUGUAUAACGCGGACUGGCUGCGAACACACAAGUCUCCCAGUCCUCUGCUAACCCUCCUUCAAUGUCUACAAUCAUCUCAAUCUGUGUUCCUCUCAUUGCUGAUAACCUGCGUUAAGACCGUGCUCAUGGAGUCCGUCACUGAGUCCCGCGAUCGGUACAAUCUCCGCAGAGCACUCACCCUCCUGGAGAGGGACCUCAGCAUUCUGGAAGAUAAGGGCUACUAUACCCUAGACCAAACCCUGCUCAAGCGGUACCGCGUCCAAAUUGAACCUCUGAGUUUUCGCGGUAACGACUCGCUCGCGCCAAAAUAUUUCGGUCCAUUUAUCCCUCAGGGCCUGCCAGAGCCGACACAAGAGGUUGGCGAUUACGACUUCGGUAACCUUUACCGGACAUUUGAACCGGAGUUCGGCACAUUGUCAAUUUUUCAUGUCGCCAAAGCCGCCAGGCCACAUAUUAAAUGCAUCAUGCACAACGACCUCGAUGCAGAUGACAGUCAUCUACUAUACGGCGAGGUGUUGACCGUCGUCCGCAUCAUAUUGGGCCAGCUAAAGCAGAAGGCCUUCGUAAAUGACAUGGUAGCACCGGUCCUACUCUUCUCAUUAAACAGACGGCGCCCACGUGUCAUCGAGGCAUAUUAUGAUGGCGAGAAGCUGGUGAUGCGCCACACUAAACCCUAUGACUUCACAACCUUGGACAAGGCUGAGUUCAAGACGUUCGCACAAUGGUUCCUUGGCGAUCCUAUCGGUGAUACGUCGAAAAGGGCAGUCCGAGCUUGA